AUGGGGAACACAUUAUAUAGUAAUAUAGGACAAAAUACAACAGAACAGGAUGAGAUAUAUUAUAAAUAUUUGAAUAACUUAUACAACAUAUACAAUUAUUUGUUAAAAUAUGAACAUUUCUAUUUUAUGAAUUCCUAUACCCUCAAUUCCUUUUGCCAUGUGCUUGAGGGAAUUAAUAAUAAUGAGGGGCAUGUACUAAUCAAAAUUUGUAAAUUAAAAGGAGAAACCCCAAAAAUAAAAAGAAUAUUAUAUACACUCAAGUUCCUUUUUUCAUUUGAUCUCUUCCCGAAUGUUCUACCAUAUAACCGAAUGAGUGUCUACGAAAAUAAUAUUUAUAUUUAUAGAAAAUUCAUAUACAAAAGUUUAGAUAACUAUUUAUUAAAUGAACAGAAUAACUAUAGUUUUUGUUACUUUUAUAUAUUUCAAGCAUUGCUAUCAAUAAUACAACUACAUUCGUUGGGAAUUUAUCAUGGUCACAUAAAAACCGAAAACUUUUUAAUACAAAAUAAUAUGCAUAUUCUUAUAACGGAUAUAGAUAUACUGAAUAGAUACAUUUACUACAUUCCAAAAAUAAGAUAUGACAACAAACGAAAGGAGAAAAUCGAUAGAAUGCAAGAAGAUAUAUUCAACUUGGGAAUACUAAUUUUAGAAAUUUUAUUAAAAAAUAAAAACAUUUCUUAUUUAUUUCAUGAUGAAAGCUAUGAUGACAAUAAUGAUAAUUUUUAUUCAGAAAAAAGAAAGCAAACAAAACUAUAUAUGAUGGAAAGUAAAAAGCUAAUAAAAUAUCCAAAUUUUGGUAAUAAUAUUAUUAACACAUCAAAAAAAAAAACUAGCGAAAAAUUUUUUCAUGCUUUAUCCUUGCCGUUCAUAAAUAAAAAAAUUAUAAAUGAAGAAGAAGAUUAUUUUCAAAAAAAUAAAAAUUUGAGAAUGAAUAUAGACAAAUAUAAAUAUUAUAACUAUCAUUAUAUUAAUCAUAUUAAUUAUAUUAACAUAUACAAUGAUAUAUAUAACAAUGGUACCUCUUACGAAUUUGUAAAUACAGAGCAUGAAAACUUGACUAGCCAAAAUAUAGAUAAAAGUAAAACAAUAAUAAAUGAAAAUAAUAAUACAAAAAAAAAAAAAAAAAAUAAAAAUAAAAACAAUGCUUAUAGUAAUAAUGAUAUUGAUAUAAAUAGUGACACUGGAUAUGAUGAUAAAAUUAUUCAUGCUUAUAGUGAUUAUGAAUUAUUUAAUGAUUAUAAAGAAAUAAAAAAUAAGCAUGCCACAAAUAAUCACAGUUUAUACACACAGUCUGAUAUUUAUACAAAUACAGCAUAUACCCUAAUUGACAACUCCAAGGAUGUUAGUAAUAUUCGAAAUCAGGGAAGACAUAAAUAUGAACAAUCUGAAAGAAAAGAAAUCAUAAAUAAUAGAAGGUUAAGUUAUUUUAAUGGGAAUGCAAAAAAUGAAAGUAAUGAGAGCCAAAAUAGUGGAAAUAAUAAAAUUCAAAAUGAUACAUACAAUAAAACUACAAGCUGUGUUUUGAGUAGUAGUGAAGGUAGUGAUUCAAAUGUUAGAAGAAAAGAAAAAAGUGCUCCAUAUAAAAUAUGGAAAGUAGUUAGUUUAGUUAAAAAUCCGUUUGUCAUUUAUUCAUUAAUUAAUCAUUUUUUUUUGGAAAAAAAUAAAAAUAUAUUUAAAAUAUUUAACUAUUGGUCUCACCAUAUUUUUCCGAGCACAUAUAAAUAUGUAUUCUUUCCCCUUUGUAUACUUCAAUUUCAUCCAAUCUUUCGAAAACACGAAUUUUUUAUUUUACUAAUACAUUUCAAUUUGCCAUUUAUAUUAUUUCAUUUUGAUAUCUUUUCAAAAAAGGAAAAAGACAAAUAUGCUUUAAUAAAAAGGACUUCAAAUAUUUAUAAAAAAAAAAAAAAAAAUGAUAGCUAUUUUAAUAUCAAUUAUCAAGCACACCGUAAUAGUGAUCGAUCCUUAAAACCGAGUUUAGGAAAGUAUCAGCAAAACAAAAAAAAACAUAUAAACACACUUGCUUACUACAUAAAUGUUGUUAAAAAACAUACGACCGAUAUUAAUAAAUAUCAAAUACGAACAUAUAUCAAUGAUACAAAUUUAAAUAGUAAAGUAAAAGGGCAAAUAUUGGAAGAGUGGAAAACUUAUAAAAAGCACAAAAAAAUGGAAAUAGAAUCAACAAAUAGAGAGCAGAAAAAUAAUAAAAAAUUGUAUCACUGCAAAUCCUAUUUCCCUUUCCCAAUAUUAUCCUAUAAUAAUGCUCACGAUUUUUAUAAAUUCUUUUUACUAUUUUAUAAAAGUGUGUAUUAUUCCAUAUUUUAUGAAGAAAAAAGUUAUAUGGAUAUUUUCAAAUCUCUUGAAAUGUACAAAAGAGGUAUUUACUUAUCUCUAUUUAGAGACUUUUACUUUAAAAAUACAAAUCGUCGUGAUAAAAUUAUUAAUCGGAAGGGUAUUAAAAAAAAUGAUUCUACAAAAAAUUCUAAUACUAAUGAAUAUAACUACAAAUGGAGUUACACCGAAGAUAUAUAUCAACUAAUAAAUAUUUUAAUUUGUUCUUAUAAUUUUAUUUUAUAUGAUUCCAUUAAAAUUCUCAUACUUGAAAUAAUAUACUUAAUAAUAUGCCAUAUAAAAAACGAAGAUUUACAAAGAGAAUUAAUACCGUUUUUAUUUUAUUGUUUUAAAAAAACAAAUGAUGAAAAUAUUAAAGUUGUUAUAAUAAAAUGUAUUUAUAUCAUAAUCAAUAAUGGAAAUAAAUGUGAAUAUUUUUACAUGUACAUUGAUAAGUUUUUACCUAACUUUUUUAUGCUCAAAAAUACACAACAAAAUUAUCAAAAAUAUGUACAUGCAAAAUAUUUACCCCUAUUUGCAACCAUAACAAUUCAGUAUAUAUAUAAUUCAUGCUUAUUAAAACAAAUGGGAAAAAAAUCGUUAAGAAAUAAAGAAAGAAAAAAUUUUUCAAAAAAUAGUAUACAAGAUAUAAGUAGCCUUGAUCAAACCAGCUAUUUUACAAAUACUCAAACAAGUGAUACAUGUAGUAGUAUAGAAAUUUAUGAUACCACAGGUGAUAAUAAUAAUAGUAGUGUUCUAACGGAAUCAGCAUAUAUGACAAUACUAAAAGAUAUGAGAAAUAAAUUUAUAUCCAUUUUAAAUGAACCUAAUGAUUUGAUUUUGUUUGAAUUUUAUCAAAAUAUAAUAAUGUUUUGUACAAUUAUGAAUAAAAAAUGGGUUAAAGUUUAUAUAUUACCAUAUAUGCUAAAAAAUAGCUAUAAAAUAAAAAAUAUUUUUAUCAAAGCUAUUUGUAUUAAAACUAUUAUUAAAAUUGUCUUUUAUAUUAAUGAAAAAGGACCAUUUAAAAUUCUUUCAGAAUAUAUUAAAUCAAUAAUUUCCGAGCAAAAUAAUGAAUUAGUUUUAAAAAUUUUGUUAUAUGAAUUUCUUUUUAUUUUAAAAAAAAACUAUAAAAAAUGGUCAACAUGCUGUACUACUCCCAAGAUCCAAUAUAAUAUGAUAAUUAUGAAAUCCUCAAACCAAAAAAAUAUCAAAAAAAAAAAAAAAAAAAAUAUUAUCCCACUUUUAUUUUUAAAAAAAAUCAAUUUCACUCCCCUUUUAAAUCAUCCAUCCUCAAAAAUAUCAGAUCUAACAUAUGACAUAAUUCAUAUUUUACAAAAAAUAAAAUUAUAG